GUGCAGAUCUGAUCCUGCAGUUGAUACGGUUAGAGCAGUGCACAGUACGCGCGAGCUCUAGCCGAAGAAGGAUGCGGGUUUGCGCGCGCUCUAUUCCACAUAUUUUGGAGUCUGGUUUUUAAUUAGAGUGCGCUUGCCGCAUCCUGCAGCUCUACUUAACGUGUGCGUGUGGCGCGUGUGCGGGGUAGCGUGCGCGUGUGAGUCUAGUCAAAGUGUGUUUGGGUGUGUGUUUGUGUGUGUCCUGAGAGAGAGAGUGGCUCUGGGCUGAAGGUGCGCCUGAACCUCCUGUCUCGUCUCCCCUCCAUCGCCUCGCGCGCAGGUGCCACGUUCCUAACGUGCCGAGAGGCUUAAAGCGCGCGCAUCACGCAGACGGCCAUGGCGGAGGAUCCGCAGCUCGGGGACACACACCAGCACCCGGAGUGUGUGAACGGACAGAGGGAGGCUGAUAAAGACCCAGACAAAGAGGGAGAAAGGGAAGGAAAGAGAGAAGGAGAGAAAGAGGGAGAGGGAUCCGGAGAGACUUUCACCAUGGAGCAGGAGAUGAAGAUCAGCGACGUAGAAGAUAAAGAUCUUCUAGAAAGCAGUCUGCGCCUGAAACCCCAUGAGGCUCAAAGUUAUCGUAAGAAGGCAUUGUGGGUAUCAUGGGUGUCCAUCGUGGUGACGCUGAUCCUUGCCAUCGCUGCAUUCACUGUUUCUGCCAUGAGAAGCAGCGCCUCUGCAUUCGGCUUUGCUUUUGAUGCCGCACUAGACGUACUGAGCUCCAUCAUUGUGCUGUGGCGCUACAGUAAUGCAGCAGCCGUGCACUCUGCCCACAGAGAGUACAUAGCUUGUGUGGUUUUGGGAGUGGUGUUUAUCCUGUCUGCGCUAACCAUCCUGGUUAAGGCUAUCCAUGCUCUUGCCACCAGAGUGCUCCCUGAAGUGGACGACUUCCUCUACAGCGUGUCGGUGCUCAGCGGCCUGGUGUGCACAAUUCUGGCUGUGCUGAAGUGCAUGCUGGGUAAAGUGCUAACCAGCAGGGCACUCAUCACUGACGGCUUUAACUCACUGGUAGGCGGAGUCAUGGGUUUCUCUAUCCUCAUCAGUGCUGAAGUGUUUAAGCACAACCCGAAGGUUUGGUAUUUGGACGGUGCCAUUGGUGUGCUGAUUGGACUCAUCAUCCUCGCUUAUGGCAUCAAGCUGCUGAUUGACAUGGUCCCUCGAGUGAGACAGACCAGACACUACGAGCGCUUCGAGUAGGAUCAACAGCACACAGUGGAGACAGUGGACUCUAUUUGCAUACACCCACCCACAUAGACACACACACAGAAGAGAUUCUCGCUAAGAAGGGAAACACUCACCCACGCACAAACACUCCCAUACAUAUAACACACACACACAUACACAAUACACAAUGCGUCACAACACAACCUCUCAUCGCCUCCAGUAUCACCCCUGUUCUGUGAAGACGCACUGAAGAAGACGAGGACGAAGUAGAACAGGAACAGGAACAAAAGUCCUGAAGAUAUGAAACUGGGUCAAGGGAGCGUUCUUCACAGAUCUGGCAAAUCUACUGCAGCUGAUCUUGAUCACGUUUAAAAAGAACACCACCUGUCUUUACAGUACUGAGCUACUGAGUGUGUGUUUUGAGUGUAUUUAUCAUUUGUCAAGAUGAGAAAGCUUCUUGCAAUGAAAACACACCUGCUCUUAUACACUCAUUACCUGUGGCUGGGAGUAUCAGAGACUGGAAUGUCUCAUGAGAAAUGGAUAGUAGAAGAAGAAGAGGGAGAAAGUGGAAAGAGAGAGAUAGAGAUAGAGAUAGAGAGCGGUACCUCGGACACAAAACUAUAUUUAGCAUUCAUUCAUCUUCUGGCAGGAUCCUUGUGUGCACCUUGAGCGACAAAUGAAGAAGCAGCUGCCACACUGUUACUGUAACUAGAAUCCUGCCUCAUCUGGACAUUUUUCUUCCUUAAAAGUGAUUACAGGAUGUGGAUUUCUUUGCCAGGUGGACGUCUACCUCUUUGCAAACCCGCUAGGUGCAAUACGAUCACAUCCUGCAGCUCAUACAGUAAAAAUGGACAGAUAUAUUAGAGUAUCGAAAGUAGAAUAGAACAUUAUCGUUGAACCAACAGGUACAAGAAGCACACUCCUACACAGCUGUCCAAACCAGAACAUCCGAGAGCGUAGAACGGCACAGAAAGAUUAGCACAAGAUUAUUAAUUCUUAACAGUGUACAUAAACACUCAUAUAGUUACGUUGUUCUGAAAAGUCAAAAGUUGAAUUUUUAAUGAUUAUGUAUACUUAUACAUCGUUUAUCGUAGACUUAUUGGUAGUAGUAAACAUUCGAGUUUGAUAAAUAUGCUACGUAAUCAUUGUAAAUGAUUGAAAUUAGCUAGAAUUCGCUAACGUUAGGUUAGGUGACGUGGCUGGCGUACACGUUAGAAUGGUGUCGUCAUGUGUUACGUUCCAUUCAUUCAAAGCAAGGUAUCGUCUUCUGAUGAUGCGUUUUAAGUAUUGUCUGUUUACGCACAAAUUAUACGAAUGUCAGCAUAUGGUAUAUGAUUAGCUCAGCUCUGGUUUCAGAACAUGUCAAAAGUCGACAAUUUACUGGGGAAAAAAACAAAUAUCUAAAGUAUCUUACUGUGUGAUGUCAGUUUUGAGGAAAUUAGCCAGGUAUUUGAAGUAAACUUGUUACUAGUGAAUAAACUGCUGGUCAAAUCAAAAAUGUAUAAACUUUUCUAUAUUUACAGUGUUAACCUGACAAACUCCCAUAAUCUGACUUACAAUCCUCUCAUAACUGCAUACUUUUUCACUUCAGACUCCAAAUAGAACACGUCCGUUUUUGGGGCAGCACUGAUUUGUGGGAUUAUAAAUCAUUCUGGUACAAAAAGUGUUCAGGAUGAGUAUAUUGUGAAUAAAAGUAUAACCACUGGACAGUCGUAAUGAUUACAGCAGCAGUUCUUCAGUAUUAGAAGUUGUUUAAAAUUUCACCUUUUAACCUUUUUUUUUGCCACAAUUUAAUUUUUUUUUUUCUGGGUUGCCAGUCAAUUUAUUAAGAGUAGCAUUCACUUUUGCAUUGCUUAACUCUCAUCAAACAGCUAGUUCUAGCUAGUGGCUAGUAUUAGGCUUUGUUUAACCUCUCAUUUCAUGGUCAAUUUACCUCACAAACGCUAAUUCCAGCUAGCUUAGCUUACUUAUGCAACAUUUUAUGCUACAGAGUUUUACUGAAGCUAAUAUUUCAUUUAUUAAUGUUACUUCACUUGAAAAAUAAGCAAAACGCCUCAUGAAUGCUAAUCCAAGCUAGUCUUGUUAAAGGUUAGUGUUAAGCUAAUGUAACGUGUUCCCGUUUCACUGUUGAGAUUUUUUUUUCUUGCUUGGUUAUUUCUGACAUUAAAUCACCUACAGAAUGCUAAUUCUAGCUUGGAGCUAGCAUUAGGCUUACAUUGCUUAUAGAACAUGAACUUUAUUAUUUGUUUAGAAAUUAUUAUUUGUUUAUUAUUUGUUUAUAACUUUAUUAUUUGUUUAGAAAUCACUUAAAGUUAAUGUUAGAAUUUACGGGCUUACUCUGAGAAAAGGUUCAAUUAAUUCACUUUUUCACCUCACGAAUGCUAAUUCUAGUUAGUUAAAGUUUAGCAUUUAGCUUAUGUAACUUGCAUGAUGCUCAUAUCACAGUCCUUUUAGAGAUAAAUUCUUUUAGAGCAUAAAAUGAACAUUAAAACUUUCUCACUCCGAAUAAGCUAAUCAACUCAUGAGCACUAAAUCUAGCUGGUCUAACCAGGACCUAGCGUUAGUCUCAUGUAGCUUAUUAUACUUAGGCUCAUGCAGUAACUGAUAUUUCUACUAUAGCUAGCCUAGCUAGAGGCUAGCAUUGUGCUCAUGUAGCUUACAUUUCAUAAUAUUAUACAUUUACUUUUACACUUAAAAUCACUUCAUCAACACUAAUUCAAGCUAGAGGCUAGCAUUGUGCUAAUGUAGCUUAUCUUUUUAUUCAUUUACCUUAUCACUUAAAAUCUCUUAAUGAACCAUAAAUCUAGCUAACCUACCCAGCAGCUAACAUUGGGCUCAUGUAGCUUAAAUUUCAUACUUUUACUGAUUUACUUUAGUACUUAAAAUCUCUCCAUCAGUGCUAAUUCUACGUAGCCCAACUAGGAACUAACAUUUCACUCAUGUAGCUUCUAUUUCAGUUAUAUUUAUUUACUUUAGCACUUAAAAUCUCUUCAUAAACGCUAAUUCUAGCUACUGAGGCUAGCAUUGGGCACAUAUAGCUUACAUUUCGUUGUUUCGUAUGUUUUUUUUUUUUUUUUUUUUAACUUUUAUUUUGGCACUAAAUCUAGCUAGGCAAAAUAGGAGCUAACAUUAGGCUCAUGUAGCUUACAUUUCAGUUUUAGUAAUUUACUUCAGUACUUAAAAUUUCUAAAUCUAGCUACACUACCUAGGACCUAACAUUGUGCUCAUGUAGCUUACAAUUCAGAUUUUUAUUCAUUUACUUUAGUACUUAGAAUCUCUUCAUGAACGCUAAUUGUAGCUAGUCUAGCUAGAUGGUAGCAUUGUGCUCAUGUGGUUUACAUUUUAUAGUCUUAUACAUUUACUUUAGCAAUCUAAAACCUCUUCAUGAAUGAUAAUUUAAGCUAGCCUACCUAGGAGCUAAAAUAGCUUAAAAUCUCUUAAAAUCUUAAGUUAAAAUCUCUCCAUGAGUGAAAAAUCUAGCUAGCCUACCUAAAAGCUAACUUUGGACUCAUGCAGUUUACAUUCGAUUUUUUUAUAUUCAUUUACUUUAGCACCUAAAAUCUCUCCAUGAACUCUAAUUCUAGCUAGAGGCUAGCAUUGUGCUCACAUGUCAUAGUUUUAUUCAUUUACUUUAUCACUUAAAAUCUCUCCAUGAAAUGUAAUUCUAGCUUGUCAAGCUAGAGGCUAGCAUUGGGCUCAUAUAGCUUAUAUUUCUUUUUUGUUUGUUUGUUUUUUACUUUAGCAUCUAAUUUUUCUCCAUGAAUGCUAAAUCUAGCUAGAGGCUAUAGCAUUGUGCUCAUGUAGCUUAUAUUUGACAGUUUUACUUUAGCACUUCAUUUACUUUAGCACUUAAAAUUUCUCCAUGAACGCUAAAUCUAGCUAGAGGCUAUAGCAUUGUGCUCAUGUAGCUUAUAUUUGACAGUUUUACUUUAGCACUUCAUUUACUUUAGCACUUAAAAUUUCUCCAUGAACGCUAAAUCUAGGUAGUCAAACUAAAAGCUAGAAAUAGGCUGAUGUAGCUUACUUUUUUAUAAUACUAUUAAUUUAUUUUAACACUUAAAAUCUCUUCAUGAACGCUGAAUCUAGCUAGCCUACCUAGGCGCUAGCAUUUGGCUCAUGUAGCUUACAUUUCAGAGUUUUAUUCAUUGACUUUAGCACUUAAAAUCUCUUCAGGAUAAUUCUGGCUAGGAGCUAGCAUUUGGUUAAUGGAACUUAAAACAUAACAUUGUUUUUAUUUUUUAUCACCACACAUUAAACCGCUUCGGACAUUAAAGCUUCAGCUGCUUUAGCUAGAAGCUAGCCUUAAGCUCAUGUGGCAAAAAAAAAAAAAAUCUCUUCCUUGAAUGCUAAAUCCUAGCUACUUAGCUCUAAAUCCUUUCAAACUGACCACACAGUUAGAAAUCAAACAAAUAGUGAGUUUUCUACUGUAUAAACAAACAAACAAACAAACAAACACCUCAGCCCAUUCUAUUGUGGAUGUAGUUAGCACACAGAGCGAGUGUAUUAUCCCACAUGCGAGGCCUUACCUUCGACUCCAGAGGAUGUGAAGUGUUGUGCUCAUUUUUUUUAGCCUUUUUCAGCUAUAUAAUAUUUAUUGAGACUGUUGUCACGUAUCUGAGCGUCACAUGUAGCAAAUAGAACAAUAAUGACGUAGUGACCAUGGGUGCGCUAGUGUUAGUAGCUAGUUGACUUUUACGUGCAAUAGAGUGAGUCUUGACUUGCCUUUUCUGCUAAUACAGUCAUGUAAAAUCAUGUUUUGUUUUUGCAACUAGAAACUGUGUGUACAUGAAGACGGUCAAUAGGUUUCUGACUCGUUUAUGAAGAUGUAUAUUUUCCUAGGGAUUUUUCCUUCAGUUCUUUGCCAGGAACAUGGCCGAGCUCAAAGCCCACAAGUUUUGUUUGCACACUGUGUGGUUUAAGACGUGCGCAAAGCUGAAGGCAUCUCUGCAUGGCUUCGAUUCUCACCUGUGUGUGACAGAAACUGGCAAGGAGCCCCAAGAUAUAUACAUUUACACACACACACACAGAUAUAUAAAUAUAUGCUGCUUUAGAGUGCACAUAGAUAUUAUAUUGAAAUUUCUGUUGUCACAGAAAGAGUUUAUUGAAAAAUAAAGAUAUAUCCAGCGUAUUGAUCAAAAAAAAAAACCAAAAUGACUUUUUUUUUUAUUAUUAUUUUUUUUAAAAAACUCGUCCUCUAAUCUUCUAUCAUCACAUGAAACACAUGAAGCAGAUGACCCGAUGAAAAGGUUGAGCCACACACGUGGAGGGAAAAAAAAAAACGAAAACAAAACAAUAAAAUAAAAAUCUAGCAGUAAACAGGUUUGCAUUUUUGCAUCAAUACUUUGCGUAAUUACUGCACCUAAAGCUUCUAAUCUCAUUAACGAAGCUGUAACGAAGCUGUGACUAGGCUGUUCAUCACACGUGCACCUUUUUCACGCUUCAUCCACCAUUGUAAACAAAGACCAGCUUUUACAUUUCUAACUACCACUUUUGGCAAAAAAAAAAAAAAAACCCGAUCCAUUUUUUAACGGAUUAAAACGGCUCUGUUUGGUUUUUUUUUCUUCCUUUUUUUCCAUUCUACACGUUCUACACGACUACACUUGCUCGACACGGCUUUCAGGGGAAAAGGCACAUCAGAACAGAAAAUAAAAACAGUAGCUUGGCUGAAGGUCGUCACGAUUAUAUACAAACUGAGAUCUUGGUGCAGGGGAAGGGGGGAGGGGGGACAAAAAAGACGGAAUAAGUUAGAGAACAAGCGAAGAAACCCGUCUGUAUAUACAAAUGUGCAAAUGUGACACACAAAAGCUAAAAAUGAGGUUUUCUUAAAAAAAUAAAAUAAAAUAAAAUAAAACAAGGUGCACUGCUUGUCCACAACAGGGACACUGAGGGGGGAAAAAUGAUACUAUAUAUAUAUAUAUAUACUAAAAAAAAAUUAAAAUAAAAUAAAAUCAACACA